UGCACAAAGCGAGCUCUGUGAAGACAUGGUUUGCCAAAGUUGGCAAGGAGUGUUCUGCACAGAACCCCGGCCUUGACCCCACUGAACAGCUUUGGGAUGAACUAGAAUGUAGACUGCGCCCCAGGCCUCCUCACCUAACAUUAAUGACUCGCAUCACGAAUGCUCUUGUAGCUGAACUGGAAAUGCCCACAACCACGCGCCAAAAUCUAGCGGAAAGCCUUUCCAGAAGAGUGGAGGUGUCCACAUACUUUUGGCCAUAUAGUGUAGCUGUCAUACCAGUCUAGCAAGCAAAACAGCAUCAAGAUUUCAGUGGUAGAUUUGAAUUGAUAUGUUUUUAAAUCAUUUUUUAGCUCUUUUUUUUUUUUUUUCCAUUGAUGCCACACUGAUUGAAUUUAGUCCUGUUUAAAUUAAUCUCAGUCUUCAAAACAAACAUAAUAAAAUUCAAUCAUUCCAUUACAGAUGGACCUCUGUAAUUCCUUUUAUUAGAGUUACAUAUUAAUUCUAUUUUUCUGUUGAUAUUUUUUCUAUUUAUUCCACCAUUCUGUCAUUCGGUCUCAACCUGACUUCUCUUAAUGUGCAAUAUCUUUAUCUUGUUUUAAAGUGAAAAACCUUAGAUGCAAAUAUUUAUAUAUAUUCUUGCACAAUAACUUUACUGACCUUGGCUUUGUGUAAAGGAAGACAUAUUUGCUUGCAUGAAUGUGCAUGUGUGUGUGUGUGUGUGUGUGUGUGUGUGUGUGUGAGAGAGAGAGAGAGAGAGAUUAUCAGAUUAUUUUGUCUGUAGUCUGCCUCCAAUAUUGUCUUUCAAAAUUCAGAUGGCAAACACACACACACACACUUGCACACACACACGCACGCACGCACGCACAUACACACACACGCGCGCGCGCGCACGCACACACACGCACACAUGCUUCAAACUAAUAAAGUCCUGAGCAGCAAGGACACACACUUGUAGCUGAACACACCAAUGUAAAUGGGUGAAACAGCACGUAGCCAGGAGAUCGUCUAGGUUACCGUCUCUUAGCAACAGACAGACAUUCACCUCCAGUCUGCUGGUUGCCAGGAGUAACGGUGAUGUUUGGAGCCAUUCUGUAUUUGAGCUUGGAGGAGAGAAGAACCGACGGAGUCUGACACACACAAUGAUCGGAUUUGCUCUGAUCAAACACGUUCUUCUUGCACAUCUGGACUGCGGAAAGUCCUGGAACCUUUCCUUGGUGUGUGAGUGAUCGUCUCGCUUAUGAUAUCUCAAAUUCCUUACAUAUCCUUGAGCAGUCGUUCAUUGCGAACUGAAAACCUCCAAAAAGCUCGAGUGAUUCCUUUGUUGCUGUUACGUUACCCACAAUGCACACGCCAGCUUCAAUAGUGACUGGGAUUGUCUUCGCUCCCUUGGGACUGGUGCUGGUGUUCACGGCAGCCAUCACGCCUCAGUGGCGGGAAGGCCAGGCUCGUCUGGGAAGGGUUGGGACUGGUGUACGUGAAGCCAGAGGCAUCGAGCUUCUGCUCCUCCGCUCCGAUGGACUCUGGGAGAGCUGCCUGCAGGUGGUGCACUCCGAAUUGCGGGAGUGCUGGCCUGUAUCUGGCCCGUACCAACAUGAUUCCCGUGUCCUUGCCACUCGGGGACUUGUGCUCUCGUCUCUAUUCCUGUGUGGCUCGGGGAUUGUGCUUGCCAGCAUCGGUGCCCGCUGUUGGACGGACACACCGCUCAGAAAUGUAGCAGGAGCUGGAGGGUUACUGGUGGCGCUUGCGGGUGUGCUCAGCCUCGCAGCAUUGAGCAUCUACACUCAUCAUCUGCCCAAACUGGGGGUGGAGCUCAUAUCAAACAUGUCUGACUUCCAAGGACUUGACUUGCACAAGUUGCCCAGUCUGACCCUGCACCCAGCUGGUUCUCUGUAUUUCGGGUGGGUCGGUGCGUGGGUACAGGUGCUUGGAGGGCUGGCUCUGCUGUUUGGGGUCGGACGACCACGAUGCCCGGUUCGCACCAAACAACUACAGAGGGACAUUGUGAUGACGGCUUACGAUGUCAGCUGCUAGACGAAACUUGUUUGUGAAAAGAGGAGGAAUAAAAGGACAAUCAGGACUCUACUCAUCGACACUGUUUGGAUCAUCAUAAAGAACUUUAACACCAACUGCUUAAUUGAUAUACUCUGUAUUGUGUUGCUGUCUCAAAGCUUCAGGGUCCCUGGUUUGAUGCUGAGCUCAGGUUAUUGUCUAUAAUGGAGUUCGGCAUGUUCCUUCCGAGGUCACAUGUGUUUCUUCAAGAUUCUCUGACUUCCCAAAAAACAUGCAGGUAGGAGGACUGCCUAUGCUAAAUUGCUUACCCUAUUCAGGGUAAAUUCUCGCACCCUGUCUUCAGUGUUCCCGUCAUGACCCUGAGCAGGAUAAUGCGCUUACUAAUGGAGAUCUAACGAGGGCUGCUGUGUGGGCUGCCACUGCGUUUCAGAGUCAGGAGCCCAUGGUACCUGUCUUGCUCUGUGUAACUAGGCAGAGCUUGUUUAAUAAUAAGUGCCGGGAGUGUAAGCAGAGAACAAACGAAACGUUUCACAAAGAGACUCUCUUGGACGCCUGUUGCCUCUUGAACUGGCUUGUUUUUACUGGUUUUGGGGCCUUAAUCCCAUUCGUCUGAUCAAAACUCCGAUGAUACCUUUUGAAAAAUGGAUCAGGGUUGGUAUAUAUAAAGCUGUGCAAACGUCCACACAAAUCAGGAAUAUUCAUAGUCAGAAAAGGUUCAUUUUAAGAGUACUACAAACUCCCAAACUGUUUAAAAGGCUUUCGGAAGUCGAAAUAAAUGCACAAGGAAGCAAAAAGUGGCAGUGGAGAUGUUCAAGGCCUGUUCCACACCAGACACAAUGUACUAGCGUAGAUCUGUUUUUAACGACACCGAGCGUUUUAAAAGGAUCCCAUUUGUAAGGGCAUCCUAUUGAUCACAGAUUUAAUUAGAGAUAAAACAUUACCAGCAACACAACAAGAUAAUGCAGUAACGACUGAAAUGAAGGUCGUCAUGACUUCCUGACAAAGGAGAAAACAAUGGAAUAUACAGACACAACUGAUAGUAAAUAUUACACAUCACGUCAAUCUUGGUACGAAUAUGUACAAAAACAUAUUGUUGACUUGCUGGUGAUGCAACAUGGACAUUAACCCACGAGACCAUAAACGAAUGCUCAAAGUACAAAUGGACUUUUUCCCCUUUCCCACCAAAUCAUUAACUGGAGACCGUAUGUAUAUUAAAUAUGAUAUCCCCAGUCAUGGGCUCAAGCUACACAACUUAUUACACAGUUCGUGGCUAUGCCUUUGGUACCUCGUGGAUACGACCUAAUAUGUGACCAGGCCUUAUUACAAAUAACCACCACAUCUUCAGGUUUGCUCCGAGAGUUUACGAAACCCUAUCUGUCUAGCAUUUCUGGUCUUAAUUGAAUAAGUUUUAUAUAGACCAGCCCUGAUCUGGAAUCAGCUCUGUCGCUGUGAUUGUAUAUGACUAUGAAAGCAAAAAUACUAAUGAUAGGUGUGGGGUUUGUCUAUGUACCAACAGUGCUCACUGCUACGCUGCUCAGGCCAAUAGAAGCAAAAACAGCGGAAGAAAUGUAGGUGUCAGUUGAUGAUCUGUGCUGCUUGAUGGUGUAUUUAUGAAUUAUAAUGAUCAGUAUCCAUUUCUAAUUUCACUUAGAGUUGGCGUAAUUCACCUAUGUAUUAUUAUUAUUAUUAUUAUUAUUAUUAUUAUUAUUAUUGUGGACGGCUACGAUUAGUGGACAACCCGCUCUACCACCACAGCAGUGGUACAGCAUGUUCUCCAAUAAUCAUAGGGUUGGCGGUUCGAUUCCCGGCCCACGUGACUCCACGUACCGAAGUGUCCUUGGGCGAGACACUGAACCCCAAGUUGCUCCCGAUGGCAAGUUAGCGCCUUGCAUGGCAGCUCUGCUACCAUUGGUGAGUGAGUGAAUGAGUGAAUAAGAACCAGUGUAAAGCGCUUCAGAUAAAAGCGCUAUAUAAAAGCAGACCAUUUACCAUUAUUUAUUGUUGUUGUUGUUAUUAUUAAUGAAGGUAUUAUUAAUCAUUUAUCGUGACCUAAACCUAAGGCUAAAUUAGACUGUUUGCGUCCAUGUUGUACUCCAUCCACUUUCUAAAAUGUAAGCGCUACGGUAUUUCACUUUUUAAGAUUACUCUCUUCCUGUAAAAUGUCUGCUUGAUUUGUGAUCGAAUAUAAACCAUCACAUGCACUGACAGAACGCGCUAAAAGUUAUUCAUAUGAAGCCAAGUAUAUAUAUUUAUCCUUAAGCCAGCGACUGUAGGACUUUCAUGCGUAGGUUUUACGUGCUGUGCAGUGUGUCCCCUCAGUCUUGUGUAUAUUUCUCUACGGUUAAAAAAGUGACUUUUUUUUUUUUUUUUUUAAAUGAAAUGCAUCUCCUUGUGUUGAAUGUGUAAAUAUAUUUUGUAACGUUGCUAAAUAACUAAAUAAAGGUUUGUGGUGUAUUCAUGCAUUCUGAUAUAACUGUUCUGUUUACGAGACCACUGUAUUGUAUGUGUGUUUGUGCUUAGAAACCUAGUAAAUACUUCGACCGCAAUAUUUACAGGAAAUUCAGCUACACUCGCUGUGUUUUGGUGCUCCGUUUUAGCACUUCUCAAUUUUCAGUGGAAAAGUUCAUUCAAAUGCUGCUGGGGGUUAGAUGGUAACCAAAAAAAAUUUUUUUAUAAAUAAAUAAAGACAAAUUAAAAACCUAUAUGAGGGCCUAGUGUGUAAACAAUAAUUGUCAGUGCAGAGGAAUGCUGACUUGAUUUUAAUUUAAGAAUAGGAAAAAAAAAUAUUGGAACCAUGUUUGGAGUUUGGAGGCAUUGAGCUUGGUACAAAAUGCUAAUUGUGUUGGAAACCUAACCCUGCUCAGCACCAUGACACAACCUUCCCCACUGUGAAGCAUGGUGGUGGUAGCAUCAUGCUGUGGGGAUGCUUUUCCUCAACAGGGACUGAGAUCUGUUACAUAACAAACUUUUUCUAAUUAAGCAGCAACGAUGUGUAGAUAAAGACGAGCAGUUAUCACGCUUGACCCCGACUAGAACUUUGGGUCGUUUUGUAGGUUCUGAUAUUAUUCUGAUGUUUUUAAAGAAGGAAUAUGCAGUAUCUUACAUCCGAUUUGAUGCGCUCAGAUAAGUUAAGCUUGCCAUCUAGACUCAUCCUACCCCAUCGAUCUAUAAGCACAAUAAUAAGAAAGAAA